ACUCGCAACAUUUAUUCAGUCCGGCAGUCUGAUGAAAGCUAAUACUUUUGAACAGCCCCACUGUUAUUUUUACGGUGAUAAAACUUCCGUCAGUACCGUUUCUUGUCUCCGGUUGUGGCGUGCUUCUUGUUGACGUUCAUGACGGUUACUGACGGUGUUUCCUUAGCGCUCAUCAUGCCUGUCCGAGCAGAGUGCCACUGUGGAGCCGGCGCGGCCUGUCCAUCCUCGGCCUGUCUUGUUCCCCCUGCGCCAAUCAACACCCAGCAACCCGGGGUGGCCACCUCUCUGCUCUACAGCGGCGCGCAGUAUAAGGGUUAUCAGAGGAGCAAAGGGAACUCGUAUGAUGUCGAAGUUGUUCUGCAGCAUGUGACGAUGGACGACUCAUAUCUGUGUGGAUACCUGAAGAUCAAAGGCCUGACUGAGGAGUUCCCAACUCUCACAACGUUCUUUGUUGGUGAAAUAAUCAGUCGCAGGCGGCCUUUUUUAACCCGGAAGUGGGAUGCAGACGAGGAUGUCGACAGAAAGCACUGGGGGAAGUUUCAGGCUUUUUACAAGCAUGGCAAAACCUUUAACUCGGACAACUUCGACUACAAGGCUUUGGAAAACAGUGAUUACAUCUUCAUGAGGUGGAAGGAGCAGUUUCUUGUUCCAGACCACACAAUCAAAGACAUCAGCGGCGCCUCCUUUGCUGGCUUCUACUACAUCUGCUUCCAGAAGUCCACAGCCACCAUUGAGGGCUACUAUUACCACAGGAGCUCAGAGUGGUACCAGUCACUCAGUCUGAAUCAUGUUCAGGAGCAUAGUAUGCCUAUUUAUGAAUUUCGGUGAUAUGAAGAAUCUCUUCGUCAAGGUACGGCUAGUACCGCCCUGGAAUUAACUGGAACAUGACGCCACAACACCGAUGGAUAACCAGUUUUCCUCUCUAGGAGGAAGCUCACAAGUGGCAAGGUGCUCAUUUCCUGAUUUGCAAAUAGGAAAGCACGGAUUGAAGAAGAGCUGGACAAAAGAUUGAUAAGGCAUGAACAGUCCAGACAGAGCUGCUGACGAGAAAAAAAACCCAUUGUUUCUCGUUUGGCUUUUUUAUUAUUGUUAUUAUUCUUUACCAUCGAGUGUUUUUUGCGCUCUAUGUUAUUGAACAUCGCAAUAGAUCACAAUCGAUUCCUGAUUAUGGAGACACGUUGCACUUUUAGUGAAGGUUUGCAAAGGAAAAGACUAAUUUUGUUCAACAAAGAAAAUCUUAUAUUUAAUAGAAAAUGUUUAAUUACCCAUAGUGAUUUCUUGGUGGUUUAUGGCUAAAGGAUUCUAUUAUAACUGAGAGGGUUUAUUUUAUGCAAGAUGACAAAUGAUUUUGAUAAGAGAAUGUUAGUUGAAGUGGAACAGCUGAAUGGGUACCAGCUGGAUCAGAACAGGUCGGCGAUAAUCAUGGUUUCCUCCCAUGGUCUUCUAUGCAAGCCAAAGAACUUGAGUGGAAAGAUUUUCCCUUGCCUCUUAAAUGUUUAAUUUAUUAUAAUUGAGACUGCUGCUUUAUUUAUGCUACAAGGUAUUAAUGAUUUGUCAAAUAACAUGUUUCUGAAAUCCCAGACCCAAAAAUAGAGUUUUCUAGGUUUUGGGGGUAAGGACAAGAAAACAUUUGGUGACUUAUCCUUUAAGAGUUUUAGAGUUUAUUUAUUUUUUAAAAAAGGGUGAAAGUAGUAAGGAAGUGACAAGUAGAAACAAAAACCUAAUAUCUUAUUUUUCGAAAAAUCUGUUGCCUUACACUUGUAAAGCUUUUCUUCUUAAAGAUACAGUUUUCCGGGAUGACUUAGUGCAAAUGUUUGGAAAAUAUCUCUUCGUCGUCUUUGUGGGAUCCUUUAAGUUUUCCUGACCUGGGAUGACGUAAAAGCCAAAUUGCGUUUGGCCUGGUAGCCUACAGUUUUACAGCUGGGUUAAAGCAAGUUAAAGUUUCUUUUAAAGCAGUGCAAUUAAAUGCAUAAACACAAUCAGAAAAUGUUUCUUCUUUUUAUUUUUCAUUCAUUCAUUUUAUUUAUUAUUAACCAUGUGUCAAAACAAAAUGUGCAAUGUAACCGAGCAAAAUGUUUAGGAGAGUAUCUCAAAGAGAGUGUUUCUAAUUUGACCAAAACGGUGAGCUUCGUGAACUUUGGAAGUUGAAUAAAAUAUUUGAUAUAAA